AUGGCUUUCGACGGCAAGAAUGAUUCGGGCUUCGCCCUGGCUCGCGGGAUGUGGGCGGCCAACGCCAUCGCCGCUGUGAUAUUGAUUUUGCGAGUAUUUGCAAAGAUCAAGCUGCGCCAGUUCCGUUUUGACGACGUCCUGAUGGUCGUAGCUUGGGCCAUGACCCUUGCCGCGACCGUCAUGCUCCAAAAAUCGGUCGAGCACGGUUUCGGUACGAAUCUCGAGCUGCUGGUUGGCACGUCAGACCUCAAGGUUGUCCUCAAAUCCAUCGCGAUCGAGAUCCCGCUUGUCACAAUCAGCACGGGCUUUGCCCGUUCGGCGUUCGCGCUGUACAUUAUCGCCAUCUUGGGCAGUAAGCGCAAGUACCAGAUCCCGCUCUGGACAGUCAUGCUGCUCCAGCUCGCCGGCAAUAUCGUGUCGGGCGUCCUGCCGUUGAGUAUCUGCGAAGAUGUCCGGAUCCUGUGGGAUGCCACGAUUAAGACGCACUGUGGUGACAGUGCGUCCGUCAUCAAGUUCGCCUAUUUCUCGUCUGCCGUCAACACAGCCAGUGACCUCUUCCUUGCCGUCUUCCCGACAGUGAUCUUUUGGAACCUCAACCUGCGACUGCGCAUCAAAAUCGGCUUGAUCGUGCUGAUGUCCCUGGGCAUCCUGGCCAUGAUCGCGUCGAUUAUCAAGACUACCAAAUACGGCGAUAUCCCCGGCAUCACCAACCUUGGAGCGACCGGCGGCAUCGAGCUCAUCCGCUGGGGCUUCGCCGAGAACCUGAUUAUUAUUAUCACAUCGUCCGUUCCGUGUAUCCGUCCUCUGCUGAUCUCCUCCGUGCGGAAGAUCUCCAGCGCCGCAAAAUCACGGUCUUAUGAGCUCAGCGGUCCAUUCUCCGGCAACAAAAGUAAAGGAAGGGGGUAUACCGGUCGUGACGGGGAGACGGGUGAGCGUGAUGUCGAGGGCGAUCAGGAUCUGCCCGAUGAGGCGGAUAGCAUUGAACGGAUUCUCCGCGAUGCGGAGGAUCGCGAGCGCAACAGGGAGAUGAGGAGGGGCAUCACCAAGCAGGUUGAAGUGAGGGUUCUGUCGCAACAUAGCCCGAGUCUACACUCGUCGCAAGGGAGUGGGAGUCCAUCGCAGUCCAACUGUAAGAAGCGCGAUGACAUGACUCAGUACUGUCCGCUAUGCACACUCUAUUCUACUGUACAUCGCUCCAUGCUCCACGGUUCGCAUGCCAUCCAAGCCUAG